CUCCCGUCCUCGCAUCUUUCCUUCCUCGCUUCCUUCCUACCUUGCUUCCUCGCUUCCUUCCUUCCUUCCUCACUUCCUUCCUUCCUCGCAUCUUUCCUUCCAUGCUUUUUUCCUUCCUCGCUCCCUUCUUUCUUCCUUUGUUUCCUCGCUUUCUUCAUAAAUUUCUUCCUCACUUCCUUUCCUCCUUCCUUCCUUGCUUCAUUCCUUCCUUCCAUGCUUCCUCGCUUGCUUUCUUCCUGGCUUCCUCGCUUCCUUCUUUCCUUCCUUCCUUCCUUCCUCGCUUCCUUCCUUCCUCACUUCCUUCCUUCCUCACUUCCCUCCUUCAUUCCUUGCUUCCUCCCUUCCUCACUUCCUUCUUUCCUCUUUCCUUGCUUCCUCGUUCCCUUCAUUCUUUCCUCGCGUUGUUCUUUUGUCGCUUCAUUCCUUCCUUGCUUCCUUCCCUCCUUGCUUUCUCGCCUUCUUUCCUUACUUACUUCCUUCCUUGCUUUUUUCCUUCCUUCCUUUCUUGCGUCUUUGCUUGCUUCCUUCCUUCCUUGAUUCAUCGUUUCCUUCCUUCUUUGCUUCCUGGCUUCCUUUCUUCCUCGUUCCCUUCCUUGCUUCCUCAGUUCCUUCCUUCCUUCCUCGCAUCGUUCCUUCCUUGUUCCCUCGCUUCCGUCCUUUCUUUCUUCCUCAGUUCCUUCCUUCCUUGCUUCCUCACUUUCUUCCCUCCUCGCUUUCUCGUUUCCUUGCUUCCUUCCUUCCUUCUUUGCUUCCUUGCGUCCUUCCUUCCUCGGAAUCUUUCCUUCCUCACUUCCUACCUUGCUUCCUCGCUUCCUUCUUUCCUCGUUUCCCUCUUUCCUUCCUUGCUUUUUUUCCUUCCUCGCUCCCUUCUUUCCCCCUUCUUUGCUUCCUCGCUUCCUUCACAAAU